AGAGGUAGGAAACCAUACUGGGCUUUGUUCCUGUUUGAGUGCUCUGCUUAGUGUGUUUUCUCAGAGAGAAAAUGUCUUUCCAGUCAGAAGAGGAUCUCUCCUGUCCAGUCUGCCAGGAUGUUUUUAAAAAUCCUGUUGUUCUGUCAUGUAGCCACAGUUUCUGUAAAGACUGUCUGCAGAGAUGGUGGAGAGAGAAAGACAAAAAGGAGUGUCCGUGCUGUAAGAGGAGAUCAUCAAAGAGUGAUCCACCUCGUAACUUGGCUUUAAAGAACCUGUGUGAGGCCUUUUUACUGGAGAGGGAUCAGAGAGCUUCAGCAGAAUCUGAGCCUCUCUGCAGUCUGCACUCUGAGAAACUGAAACUCUUCUGUCUGGACGAUCAGCAGCCAGUGUGUCUCGUCUGUCUGCAUUCAAAAUCACACAACAACCACGAAAUCAGACCCAUCGACGAAGCAGCACAGGAUCACAGAGAAGAGCUCCAGAAAUCUCUGGAGCCUUUACAAGAGAAAAUGAAGCUCUUUGAAGAAUUUAAAGGAAACUGUGAUCAAACAGCAGAACACAUUAAGGUCCAGGCCCAACACACAGAGAGGGAGAUUAAGGAGAAGUUUAAGAAGCUUCACUGGUUUCUACAACAGGAAGAGGAGGCCAGGAUCACUGCUCUGAGGGAGGAAGAGGAGCAGAAGAGUCAGAUGAUGAAGGAGAAGAUUGAGGCUCUGAGCAGAGAAAUAGCAGCUCUGUCAGACACAAUCAGAGCCACACAAAAGGAUCUGAGAGCUGAAGACGUCUCAUUCCUGCAGAACUACAAGGCUGCAGUCAAAAGAAUCCAGCAGCGCCCCCUGCCCGAUGAUCCAGAGCUGGUCUCAGGAGCUCUGAUAGAUGUGGCAAAACACCUGGGCAACCUGACCUUCAACAUCUGGAACAAGAUGAAGGAGAUGGUCUCCUACACUCCUGUGAUUCUGGAUCCAAACUCUGCUCAUCCAGACCUCAUCCUGUCUGAAGAUCUGACCAGUGUGAGACGUGGAGAGAAAGAGAAGCUUCCUGACAAUCCAGAGAGGUUUGAUUCUUUCAUCUCUGUCCUGGGCUCUGAGGGCUUUAACUCUGGGACUCACAGCUGGGACGUCGAGGUUGGAGACAGUACAAUCUGGUCUCUGGGUGUUGCUGCAAAGACUGUGAAGAGGAAAGGAAAAAUAUGGUCUGGAAUAUGGAGAAUAAGUUUGUCUGAUGGAAAAUACAGAGCCUUCUCCCCAUCGGCCCAACCAGUGGUUCUGUCAGUGAAGGCGAAGCUCCAGCAGAUCAGAGUUAAUCUGGACUGGAAAAGAGGAAAACUGUCGUUCUCUGAUCUGGAUACUGAUGCUCUCAUUCACACCUUCACACACACCUUCACUGAAAAGCUGUUUCCAUUCAUUGGCAACAGAGAUACCUUCCCAAUUAAUAUUUUAUCAGAGGUGGUUCAGGAGGAUGACGAAGAUGAGGAGGAUGAUGAAGAUGAUGAAGAUGAGGAGGAUGAGGAGGAUGACAGCGACGAUGUCAUUCGCAGAGCUGUCUUGCGUAGGGCUUUAGACGACAUGUUCAGCAGGGAUUCUGAAGAUGAGGAUGGUUACGACGACUAAUCAGUACAAGUAGAAUCAUUUUAAUUCUGCUCCAUCAGUUAUUUUAUCUUAUUUUGGGUUGAGAUUUCUUUUCAGAUUGUACGUUAGCAGAUUAAUGUCUUUUGAUGAAAUAUGAAAACAAACAGAUGAUCCUUUCUGUAAAAGAGAAGCUUUAUUUUGGUGAUUCAGGAACAGGUAUAUAUCUUUAAUAUCUUUAAUACCUGCUUUUGAUCGUCCUGUUCUUUUGCCUUGCUCCUGCUUUUUUUUGUGUGUGUUUCUUAUUUGGGGCUGUUUAGAAUGUGUUUGUUUGUCAGUUUUUCUGUGUCAUAAUAACAGUGAACAAGAAAACCAGCUAAAUGCUCAAAAUGUGGAUUGUAAAUUAAUGGAAUAAACUCUCGUUCAGUUUCUCCCCCACAUUUCUAUGU